AUGGGCCUUGAUCUGAUAGAAGGACGGUAUUUCGAUAUUGAAACAGGUUUUCUCGAUUUACUGAUGAACGAUACCCCGAGAUCGGUGGCCAUAGAGCUGAGUCAAAAUGCUUUGAAACUAUUUCGGCAUUUGAGCCUCGAGAGUAUUCUUACUCAUGAUUCCAAUUUGAGGCUACUUGGUAUUCAGUGGAAUCAGAUGUGCCUCGAUGCGAAGGAAAUCGCCAUCGCGGAUGUUCAGCAGGACAAAAUGGUGGCGGUAGCAAAGUCUAUCUUCGAUUCUAAUUGGCAUGAGAAUGGCAGACGUCGAGAUGGAGCCGGGUUUUGCCGAAUUUGCCGAUCCAACACAAAAUUACCGUUCCUACAGAACGAGUCUACAUGCUGA